AUGGAUGAGAGGGGAACUGGAGAUUCUGGAGAGAUAAGGGACUGGGAGAUUGUGCGCAUACAUGGCAUAUAUAGUGACAAACAAAUGAGUCAUCACUCAGUUGUGUAUCCGAAAGCACUGGUCCUCCGACUACUCGCGCGCCGUAUACUUGCGUUACUGACCAUGGAUACUUUCUACGAGGAGAACCAGGAGAAUAACAUCAAGAUGUUGAAGAACAAGAUGACACUGGACUUCAAUUCGCCCACAAGUCAUAGCAAAAAGUCCAAACUCAUGAAGACCUGUAUACUCGAGUCGCCAGACCUCAAGAUGUGUAAACUGGGUUCACCAGAGUUGGAGCGCAUGAUCAUCCAGCACAACGGUAUGGUGACCACAACGCCCACCCCAUCGGCCGGGCUGUCGUACCUCAUGAAACAGGAACAGGAGGUGACCGAAGAGCAGGAACAGUACGCCCGGGGGUUCGUCGAGGCGCUCAACCAAUUGCACCGAACCAACGGCCACAACAACAACCAAACCAUACCCACCACUAAUGGUGGCCAACAGCACCUACACCCCCAUCACCAGCAACAGCAGCAGCACCCACACCACCCCCAGCAACAGCACCCGAACCCCCAACUCAUGAACAAUUCACAGCUCAAUACCAUUAAUAAUCAUUCAAAUAAUAAUAAUUUAAGUAAUAAUCAAAACACAAGUCAUUUGAAUAGCAAUCAAAACCUCAUGAAUAGUAGUAAUAGUAAUAAUAACUCGCAUUCAAGCGACUCAUCCCAGGAUCUGACAAUAGCCGACACCACAGCAGCCAAUAAUACCGGUGCCGCCCGGCGUAACAGUUACCACAUGCUAGUGCCACCGCCACCACAGCAAGUAGUGGUGACCACGGCGUCGGCACCGGUAGUCACGAGUUGCUACGACAGCAAUAAUAAUCAGACAAUGAAUGGUGGUAUGGGUGCCAAUGGAGGUGGUGUCAAGUUUGCCGUACCGCACAUGCCGUCCCACGACCAACAGUCCCAUCAACAGCCACAGCAGCAGCAACAGUACGUGCAGGUGAGCACCGGGAGUAUGACCAGUGGUGCCCACGUACUCAUCAAUAACAGUGUCAACACGACUACAGCCAAUACGACGAGCGCCAGUAUAUUACCGCCGUAUUCACAGGCAGUCAGUAGUAAU